GCAAGUGUACCAUUGCAAGACGAGCGGGUUAACCCGAUAUCACCGCCAGACUGACACUCCUCAGUUCCUCACAAACUCCAACGCUGGAUCACCUGUAUCCCAAAUUUCUCUUCGCUCUCCAAAUUUAAACCCUAGCUCUUUCAAUUCUGCGCAAUUGAGAGCAUGAGAAGGGCAGCAGAAAUGGGGCAGAGAAGACGACAGCUGAAGCAAUGGAGUGGAAUAAUGAAGGGGAUGAUUGGGAAGCUGAUAAUUGCCGCCAUUGUUCUCGUCAUUUGCACUUUCUCUCUCUUCACCUCAAGGUCCACUAUCCGAUCUACCACUAGAACCGAGAUAUAUACGGAGGAUCUUUGGCAAGCUGCGCCUUCUGAUGGCUGGAGACCUUCUUCUGCCCCUCGUUCUGAUUGGCCUCCUCCCUCGUCUAGGACGAAUGGGUAUCUGCGUGUUCGCUGCAAUGGUGGUCUGAAUCAGCAGAGAACUGCAAUUUGUAAUGCUGUUCUUGCUGCUAGAAUCAUGAAUGCAACGCUAGUAUUACCUGAGUUAGAUGCCAAUUCCUUUUGGCAUGAUGACAGUGGAUUUCAAGGUAUCUACGAUGUGGAGCAUUUUAUCAGAACUCUGAGAUAUGAUGUGCGAAUUGUUGAAAAUGUUCCAGAGAUUCACAAAAAUGGAAAGACCAAGAAGAUGAAAACUUUCCAGAUGAACCCUCCAAGAGAUGCGCCCAUCAGUUGGUAUACAACCACUGCUUUGGAGAAGAUGAAGGAACAUGGUGCUAUCUAUCUUACCCCCUUUUCUCAUCGAUUGGCUGAGGAAAUCGACAAUGCUGAAUAUCAGAGGUUACGGUGCAGAGUAAAUUAUCAUGCUCUCAGAUUUAAGCCUCAUAUAUUGGAGUUGAGCCAUGCAAUAGUGAAUAGACUACGUGCACAAGGUCGCUUCAUGGCAAUACAUCUUCGAUUUGAGAUGGAUAUGCUGUCAUUUGCUGGGUGCUUUGAUAUAUUUUCCCCCAAGGAGCAGAAGGAAUUGAAAGAAUAUCGGGAGAAGAAUUUCGCCCCAAAGAAACUUGUAUAUGAUGAGAGACGUGCAAUCGGAAAAUGUCCUUUGACUCCAGAAGAGGUGGGUCUUGUUCUUCGUGCAAUGGGUUUUGACAACUCCACCAGGAUCUAUCUUGCAGCUGGUGACCUUUAUGGUGGUGAGCGUUUCAUGAAACCUUUUAGGUCUCUUUUCCCACAUCUUGAAAACCACAGUACUGUUGAUACAUCAGGACAGCUAAGAAAGAACACACAGGGUAUGCUGGGGUCGGCUGUGGAUUACAUGGUUUGCCUCCUUGCAGAUAUUUUUAUGCCCACGUAUGAUGGCCCAAGUAACUUUGCAAAUAAUCUCUUGGGCCACCGCCUGUACUAUGGUUUUCGAACAAUAAUCAGGCCAGACAGGAAAGCUCUUGCCCCUAUUUUCAUUGACCGAGAAAAGGGGCGCUCUGCUGGGUUUGAAGAAGCUGUGAGAAGUGUAAUGGCGAAGACAAGUUUUGGUGGUCCGCAUAAGCGGAAGUCCCCUGAAUCAUUCUACACAAAUUCAUGGCCUGAAUGCUUCUGUCAAAUGUCAGCCAAGAAUCCUGCUAAUAAAUGCCCACCAGAAAACAAUAUGGAGACAUUACAUAGUCGAUUACAGAGUGAGGGCCUCAGUGAUUUCUCAGCAACUGAAUCAAACUUGACUGUUUCAAAGCGCUGAGAGAUGAAAGUUUUGUCUUAAUCAUUCCUGAAAUCAGCAGAGAAUAUUGGGCGAUGUUCUUCAAUAGGAUCAUUUCUACACGAAUAGGUUAUCUUAGAAAGUGUUUACUUUAAUUUCAUUAGUGUAAAAAAAAAAGUGGGAUAUAGGUGAUGAGGCUCUCCGGAGCAGGAGUAUACUUCUGUAAUAUGGAAACAUUUAGUACGAGUAUGUCUGGAAGAAUGGAGGGAAAGGGAAAUUAUUGCCAAGGAUCUACCGAUCAAAUACGUGCAAUCAAAAUUGUCAAUCUGAAUUGUGUCAUUCUUCUUUAUAGGGGCCUAGGGGGGCAACAGAAGGGCCACAACCCCUUUUGUUGUUGAAGAUGUGGGUUUGUGGGAAUUUCUCGUAUCCCUCUUGUAGGUGGGCAUGGUUACUUCUUCUAAGGUUUGCAAUGACAGUUAUUAACUACGAAACUCUGAGUACUGUAACAAUGUCAUUUUCAGAUUAAUAUAGUGUUAUUCUUUUCAAUUACGACGUAUAUUAUUGUACUCCCUAAUACUUUAGGAGGAUUUAUUAAGCUUUUGUA